AGAAGAAGAAUACUUCAAUGUAAAAGUGGGAAGAAGAAGUAUUAGGACACUUCUUACCCGAGUUAAACAUUAAAGAAGAAGAAGGAAAAAUAAGUUUAUCGUGUGUGUAAGAAAAUUUUUUGCUAGCACGUGUCUUUCUUUAGCUAUCACGGUCGCAUUUCUUUUGAUGGCUUUUAUAUAUAUUGCUUGCUAAUAAUUACUACCGCUUAUUAUUUGGAAAUAUUAGCCCAAACUUUGUUGGCUUGGUCCAUGUUAACUCAACAUCCAACAAAGUAAAUAUUCAAAAGGAAAUGGAGUACGUUGAUUUCUCUACGGGUGUCAACAGUAGUGCCGUUACAAGCAUUCAAAAUCCAACGAUAUUAUGUUGUGAAUGCGGUGCCACUAUACAACCAAAUCCAUCUAACAUGUGUGUUGGUUGUUUGCGUACUCAUGUCGAUAUUACCGAGGGCAUACCCAAGCAAGCUGUCCUUCAUUUCUGCCGUAAUUGUGAACGUUACCUACAGCCGCCUGGCGAAUGGAUAUCCGCUGCUUUAGAAUCGCGAGAGUUGUUGGCUUUGUGUUUAAAGAAAUUACGCGGCUUAAAAGAUGUGAAAUUAGUGGAUGCUGGUUUCGUUUGGACCGAAGCACAUUCGAAAAGGAUUAAACUUAAGCUGACCGUCCACGCCGAAGUAUCGGGAGGUACAAUGCUGCAGCAAGUGUUCAUUGUUGAGUUCACGAUACAAAAUCAAAUGUGUGAUGAUUGUCAUCGUACAGAAGCGAAGGAUUUUUGGCGUUGCAUGGUUCAAGUACGUCAACGUUGCGACAAUAAGAAGACUUUCUAUUAUUUAGAACAGUUAAUAUUAAAGCAUAAAGCCCACAAUAAUACGUUGGGCAUUAAACCCAUGCAUGGCGGAUUGGAUUUCUAUUAUGCUAAUGACAAUCAUGCCCGUAAAAUGGUCGACUUCCUGCAGACUAUGAUCCCGGCCAAGGUAACCAGUUCGAAACGUUUAAUUUCGCAUGAUAUACAUAGUAACAAUUAUAAUUACAAAUACACUUGGUCAGUGGAAAUCGUACCCUUAUCCAAAGGCAGUGCAGUAUGUUUACCCAAAAAGUUACGUCAACAGCUGGGUAAUCUAUCGCCUAUAUGCUUAAUACAUAAGGUAGCCAGCGCUAUUCAUUUGAUAGAUCCGUUAACUGCUCAGAUUGCGGAAUUGUCAAGUCAAGCGUAUUUUCGUAAUCCGUUUGAGGCUAUCUGUAAUCCGCCACAGUUAGUGGAGUACGUUGUUAUGGAUGUUGAAAUUAUAAUGGAUAAAGAUCGCAGGUAUUAUCCUGGUCAGGGCCAACUGUCGUUCCGCCAUGCUCUAUGCGACAUUUGGUUAGUGCGAGCCUCAGAAUUAGGUAUUAAUGACAACACCAUACACACACGUUCACAUUUAGGUCAUUUAUUAAAAGUGGGAGACUCGGUAAUGGGCUACAAUUUAGCGGAAGCAAAUAUUAAUAACGGGGAAUAUGAAAAACUGAAUACGCAAGAAAUACCGGAUAUAAUAUUGGUUAAGAAAUGCUUUACGGUAGACCGGCAGGCACGAUCUAAACAACGUUUUUGGAAAUUACGACAUUUGACCGAAGAUGUUGAGAAUGAGCGUCAGAAAAUGGAUUACAAUGAAUUUCUAGAAGAUUUAGAAGAGGAUACGGAGUAUCGGAAGCUAGUUAAUAUAUAUCGAGAUAAACGAAAGGUAAUGCCAGUAGAUGGCGAAGAUGCCCUGGGUUGCAAUGACAAUAUACCGCGCAUAACGCUGGCUGAAAUGUUGGAAGAUUUGACUUUGGAAUGUGAGGAUGAUGAAAUGAUUGGCGAAGCUGGAAAAAUUUAAAGCAAACUUUUAUAGCUUAAUAAAAAAAGU